CAAUGCAUUCGGCAUCCCCUCCCCGCCUCCAGACCUGCAAGGCAGAAGCAAUAAUCAGACCCGAUUCAAACUUUAGCCCUACUCCCUUCCGGUCGUGCCCAGAGGACCCCCGCCUGGCUCACUCCCACCCGGUUGGAGCAGCUCUGCUGCUGCCUCCCUCCCCACAGUGCUGCAAAUCAGCAGCCCUGCAGCAGAGGCUGGAGACAGUGGAGGCCAGCCUGGCAGCCAAUAAGGACAGGAUAACCACUCUGCUUAACAUUAUCCAUGACCUGGAGACAUGCCACACUCCCACCAGCGGGCGGCGGAGCCACAAUACUGGGCAAGACCUCAAAAACUGCUCAACCUGCCAGAAGACUGCUUGUAUUGUGUACAGUGUGGAGUACGAUUUCAGGCAACAGGAAAGACGCUUCUUGGAGGUCCUGAAUUGUUCAGCGAGAGGAAAUAAUGCUUUCUCCCUGCACCUGACCCAGCCUUUGAACUUUGGCCUGCUCAGAAAUCUCAUCAUUAAGAGAUAUAAAAAGUCGAAGGUGAAAAGCAAAAAGCUGUACAAGACUCUGUUCAAAUGGCUGCCCAGGAAAAUCCAGCGAGUGUAGACUUGAACAAUACCUGUGUGCUUUUUAAGUCUGUAUUACAAGUGACCAGCAGACGCCCCUGCAGAGGAUUCUUAUUACUCCCGUCAUACCCAUAGAAUGAGAUUACUCUGAAUUACCCUGUAGAGUUACACUCUCCUGCACACUGUCAAAGCUUAGAAGCCAGAUUUUACAUUUGAAUUAUCCCCCUGAUCUCUGUGACCUACAGCUGUGUCAUCCAUAAGGAAUUCUCUAUUUCACUUUGAAAGCCUUUGAUAAUUUGUUGUCAACGUGCCUGCUUAAUCCUAUUCAAUUCUAUUCUACUUGCACUGUCAUGAUAAAUGCAAUAGGAGCUCCUGUUCAUGUUACAUUUCCCUUUUACCUGCCUAUCCUGUAAGAAAAAUGUACAAAAUAAGUUUUGGAUAUGCAAAAAUAAACCAGAAUUUACUAAAUGUA